AGCACUCGCUGCUUCGUGUUCAGCGUCUCUGCUCUUGAUUCGCCACUAGAAGAAAAGCCUCCCACCGUCUUUCUUUUUUUCAAAAUGGCCGAAUACUUGGCGUCGAUUUUCGGUACAGAAAAAGACAAGGUCAACUGCUCUUUCUACUUUAAAAUUGGAGCAUGUCGCCAUGGAGACCGAUGCUCGAGACUCCAUAACAAGCCCACGUUCAGUCAGACCAUUGCUCUGUUGAACAUUUACCGGAACCCACAAAACACAGCUCAGUCUGCGGAUGGCAUAAACUCUGUCAGUGAUGUGGAGAUGCAGGAACACUAUGAUGAGUUCUUUGAGGAGGUCUUCGCUGAAAUGGAGGAGAAAUAUGGAGAGGUUGAGGAGAUGAAUGUGUGUGAUAAUUUAGGAGAUCACUUGGUGGGAAAUGUCUAUGUGAAGUUCCGCCGUGAAGAAGAUGCAGAGAAAGCGGUGAUUAACUUGAAUAACCGCUGGUUUAAUGGCCAGCCCAUCCAUGCUGAGCUCUCACCUGUCACCGAUUUCAGAGAGGCCUGUUGUCGACAGUAUGAAAUGGGAGAGUGCACUCGAGGAGGCUUCUGCAACUUCAUGCACCUGAAGCCAAUCUCAAGGGAACUCCGAAGAGAACUGUAUGGCCGAGGUCUUCGCUGA